AGGUAUCACCGGUAACAUCGUAGAGCAGGGAAUUCACUGGCAGAAGACAGCAGCAGCUCGUACCAGUGUUUGAAACUCUUCAUCUCCGAUCUCUGUGAUGAGGGGACAAUAAUGCCGAUUCAAACUGCACUGCUAGCCCACUAGCCUCCUUGGCGCUCGCGAGCUCCGGGGGCUGCAACUCAUCUCGAGCAGGGAAGCCACAAUACAGUCGGGCUGAUUGCGAUCCAGGGGAUCGGACCUUUUCUGCUCCUCUCACCCACUAUCUGCAAUAAUCCCUCCGAGCAGCAUCUAUCCGAUCAUUUGCUGUUCUCCGUUUGGUAUCCCUCCGUCACCAUCGCCUCAACUACUCCUCCGCAUCACCCCUCACCACCCCGCUACCCCUUUCAACCCCGCAUUUUCGCCCGACAAUUCCCAUCCCAAAAAAAUAUCUGCGCUCAAUGGCACCAGCUAAAGAUCCGAAUACUCUCUCCAAUCAUCUGGAAUUUUCUACCACUCAUACAGCUAUCUCGUUGACUUUGUCGUUCUCGAAAUCCUCACUUUAUGGUGAAGUCGAGUUGACAUUGAAGACUCUUGCAGAUGAUCUGAAGCAAGUUGUGCUUGACACCAGCUUUUUAGAUAUUAAAGUCGUUGCGGUUAAUGGUAAGGGUGCGAAGUGGACUGUUGGAGAUCGGGUUGAGCCAUAUGGAAGUCCCUUAAGGGUUGAUCUUGAGAAGGCUGUCAAUUCUGGGGAUGAAGUCAUAGUUAAGGUAAUUCUUCUCUUCCAAGUCCUUCGCUUUGGUAUCUACGAUAUAACUCCCGGCUUUAUUGUAGGUCACAUGGGGCACUACCGAGAAGUGUACCGCGCUUCAAUGGAUGACCCCCGAGCAAACAUCAAACAAGAGGCACCCGUAUAUGUGUAACCAUCGCCACUAGCACUCCCGGCUGUAGCUUUGCUAACCAUCUCAAAGUCUCACAAUGUCAAGCGAUUCAUGCUCGCUCACUAUACCCCUGCCAAGAUACUCCCUCGAUAAAGUCCACCUUUGAUUUCUCCAUCCGCUCACCCCUUCCCGUGUGUGCAUCCGGUCUCCCCACUGGCGUUCGUCACUUUGUCCCAGCAACUUCUCCAUCGGAGCCGGGGACUCUAGUGUACACCUUUAGGCAGCCGAUCCCAAUACCGUCCUACCUGAUGGCAAUUGCAUCGGGUGAUAUCGCGAAUGCAGCGGUUGGACCUCGUAGCUUGGUUUAUGCUGGUCCUGAGGAACUUCUUCGGUGUAAGAGGGAAUUAGAAGAUGACGUCGAAACCUUCAUUAAGACAGCCGAGUCUUUGAUAUAUGCAUACGAAUGGACAACCUACAAUGUGCUAAUCCUCCCACCUAGCUUCCCCUACGGUAUGUGACUGCGUACUCCUGACUAGGGAACAACAGAUUAACACUAGCUGGUUAGGUGGAAUGGAAAACCCAUGCAUAACCUUUGCAACUCCAACAAUUAUCUCGGGCGAUAAAUCCAAUGUCGAUGUCAUUGCACAUGAACUUUCUCACAGUUGGUCUGGAAACCUAGUCUCCAACGCCUCAUGGGAGCACUUCUGGCUCAACGAGGGGUGGACAACCUACAUCGAACGGAGGAUCCAGGGUAAGGUUCACGGAGACAAACAUUUCCAUUUCUCGGCAAUCAUCGGGUGGAAAGCUUUCAAGGAAUCCGUGGAGCUUUUCGGUGCAGACCACGAAUUCACAAAACUGGUGAUUGAUCUCAAAGGAAAAGACCCCGACGACGCAUUUUCUAGUAUUCCCUACGAGAAAGGCUUUAACUUCCUCUAUUACCUCGACAGACUUAUAGGAAGGGAAAAAUGGGAUACCUUUAUUCCUCACGUAAAUCCCACUGCCCCCUCUUGCAGCAUCAAGCUAACAAUAUACAGUACUUUUCAAGCUACCGUAGGAAGUCUCUUACUUCUUUCGAUUUCAAGGACACUCUUCUAUCCUUCUUCUCCAAAGAUGUAGAAGCUUCUUCUGUUCUCGCAAAUGUCGACUGGGACACCUGGUUCUACAAACCUGGGCUCCCCGAAAAACCUGACUUUGAUACGACACUAGCGGAUGCAUGCUAUGCUCUCGCCGGCUCCUGGCAAGCCCUGAAUUCCUCCAACUCUUCUUUCAAACCCUCGCCGUCAGAUAUCUCCGGCUGGACAUCCGGCCAAAUUGUCGUCUUCCUCGAGCGGAUCACAGACUUUCCCACCCCUCUUCGCAAGCAUCUCAUAGAGCUCAUGCGUGAUGAAUACGGAUUCCUUAAGAGCGAGAAUGCAGAGAUAUUGAGCCGUUUCUUGACGGUCGGUCUCAAAGCAAAAGACGAGAAGCUUUACCGCAAGACAGCAGAGGUAUUGGGUAGGUGGGGGAGAAUGAAGUUCGUCAGACCUUUGUAUAGGCUAUUGAACGAGUGCGAUAGGAAGCUGGCAUUGGAGACCUUUGAGAAGAAUAAGGGCUUCUAUCAUCCAAUCUGUAGGGGGGUCGUGAUGAAGGAUUUGGGGAUUAGUUAGAUGGGGGUCCUGCAUGGUUGAUAUGAGGAUUCUACUGUAUCAUAGCCCUGAGAUCUAAAUCUACCCGAGCUAGAUCUAGUAAGCAAGUUGUAGUUGUGAUAUCGUACGAGAUCUCUAUUGCGUUGAGCGAUAGACGAUCGGCCCCUCUUGACAUUUUUAUUUUGUUGUCGUACAGGGAAGACAUCGUAGCCCUUCCGUACCCACUUGGGUUUCCAAUAUCGACCAGCUUCACUCUUUGGAGUAUCAUAGAUUAUUUGACGUUUGCCCCCGGGCGUAGACCUAGAGGUAUUACCGUCGGUGGAUUCAGUUCCGUACUAGGGUGUGGUCUACAUCAUAUUGGCCGGUUGCUGUGCUGGUAUCGUAGAGCCUUGUUUAGGCCCUGUUUGGCAUGACACAGAAUAAAAAAACUCAGUUUUUAUGAAAAUAGUAAUGCUUAGUAGGCCUAAAGUUUUUUUUCCCUACCUGAAUAAGUGACUGUCAUUUUAGGUAUAAUCUAUAGUAACAUAUUAUUGUAAUAAAUAUUUGUUUAUAAAUUAAUACUAGC